UACCCACGCUUGGGAGUUUGGUAUUCCAAUAUGAGCUACAGAGAGAAACAGAAAUGAAAUAAAAUAAAAAAUAAAAACAAAUAUGAAGACCUUUUAGGGAGAGAAAUAUGGUUGAGAUGGUUUGGUUGUAUUUGCCACUGAAUUAACCUUUUUAUGGGACCGUGAAAAUCCUUGUGCCUCAAAAACUACUGGUGGGUCAUUCUUUGCCUUUGAGGUCCUACUCUCCACUUGUUGGUCUUUGCUGUCUCUGCUACUGUAUCUGUUACCUCUUUCUAAAUUAACCCCUCUUUCUUGUUAGUACUACUAUCGCUUCUUCUCUCUUUUCUAUGUGUUCUCUAUCUUGCCUUAUUAGUCCAAACUAAAGAUCUAAUCUUUUGCCUACCUGGGUAUUCAUUUUAUUCUUGUUCUAGCUAAUAAAGAUCAUAUAUUUAUUGUGGUACUGAGUGUAGACUUUUGCAUGCAUGAGAGAAUUGUAUAUGUUCUGAGUUUGAAUUUUGUUUAUUUGUGUUAUCUUCAAGGUUAAGAUUGUUGUUUUUCUGUGAAAGGAAGGUUGUAUCUUUCAAUUCAAGCAUCUGGGUAUUCUUGACACUGUCAAAGCUGUGUUAGGUAUUGCUUGAAGUCAUUCUUUUGGCUAUUGGAUUUGAUGGGUUGAUUCGGGCGGUCACUUUUGGGGUAUUCGAGGGAAAGGAGGCUUUUUGAAUUGGUUGAAGUUGUUAUUCUAUUUUCAGCGACUAAGAUUUCAUGCAUGGUCCAAGACAAUGGAGAGGUUUAUGGCCAGAUUUUUAUUUCUUUAGCAUUGAAUACUUUAAAAGCAAUUUAGUGAAAUAAUAUGAAGAACCUGCUUAAGAAGCUCCAUAUCAUGUCCAAUCAAUCACAAGAUGCAGAUGGGUCAAAUUCAUCAAGGGGCAACAAGCCGACUGAUAUAUCUUCUUCCCCUGAUAGGCUUUUGUCUUCUAAAUCCCAUGAACAUAAACCCUUUUCAGGUAUUUCUAGUUGGUUGAAUUCUGUUGCUAAUAGAAAAAGUCCUAGUCCACCAUCUUCUUCAAAUGUGACUAGAGCAGACAGAACAGAACCAUCUGAUUCAAUUAGUAGUAGUGGUGGCUUGGAUGUUGUUUCCGAUGCUGUGAGGAGGGAUUCAGGGUCUAAUACAUCCAGGGAUCCUGAUGUUGAGGAGGAAUAUCAGAUUCAGUUGGCUUUAGAAAUGAGUGCAAGAGAGGAUCCUGAGGCAGUUCAGAUUGAGGCUGUGAAGCAAAUAAGUCUUGGCUCUUGUGCCCCUGAUAAUACUCCUGCUGAAGUUGUUGCUUAUAGAUACUGGAAUUACAAUGCUCUUAGCUAUGAUGACAAGAUCAUGGAUGGUUUUUACGACCUUUAUGGAGUUUUGACCGAGUCUACAUCAGAAAGAAUGCCAUCUCUAGUUGAUUUGCAAGGAACACCAGUUUCAGACUGUGUCAGCUGGGAAGCAGUGCUGGUGAAUAGGGCUGCUGAUGCUAAUUUGUUGAAGCUUGAACAGAAGGCACUUCAGAUGGCCUUCCAAUCUAGGUCUGAAACUCUAGUUUUCACAGAGAGAGCAUUUGUGCGAAAGCUUGCUGUUUUAGUUUCUGAGUACAUGGGAGGAUCAGUUGCAGAUCCUGAUAACAUAUCAAGAGCAUGGCGAAGUCUUAGCUACAGUUUGAAAGCUACACUUGGUAGCAUGGUUUUGCCACUUGGUUCUCUUACAAUUGGAUUGGCUCGUCAUCGGGCAUUAAUGUUCAAGGUUUUGGCUGAUAGUGUGGGCAUACCAUGCGGGCUGGUAAAAGGUCAUCAGUACACUGGUUCUGAUGAUGUGGCCAUGAAUUUUGUAAAGAUGGAUGAUGGAAGGGAAUACAUCGUUGAUCUGAUGGCAGAUCCUGGCACACUUAUUCCUUCUGAUAUGGCUGGAUCACAAAUAGAAUAUGAAGAGCCUUUUUUUUCUGCCAGUCCUUUUUCUCGGGACAUGGACUCAUCUCAUAUAGCUUCUUCUAGUAGUGGAGUAGCAAGUUCCUUUGAAGAACAUUCGGAUGUUGGGACAUUGGAGAAGAGAUCAAGAUCCAGGAAUGUUGCUACUGCUGGUAACGAAUCUGAUAACAGGGGUGACUUUCACCACGUCACAAAUGUAAGUGAGCCAAUUAAAGGUGAAGAAGAAUCCAGGAUGCCCUUGGACAAUUUAAAGAAAUCCUCCAAUGUAGAUAAGGUGCUUAUGCGGGAGGGUCCUGGGAGGCCUAAUUAUCCUUAUGCACAUACAAAAUCUCCUUCAUGGACGGAAGGUGUUAGCUCUCCUGCUGUACGCAGAAUGAAAGUGAAAGAUGUUUCACAAUACAUGAUUGAUGCUGCCAAAGAGAAUCCGCAGUUAGCCCAGAAACUUCAUGAUGUAUUACUAGAAAGUGGUGUUGUUGCUCCCCCAAGCUUGUUUACUGAAAUUUAUUCUGAGCAGUUAGACGUAUCAACUACUGAGGCCAAGUCCCCUACAGAAGAUAAGGAUGACUACAAACGGAAGAGUGAGACCCGUCAUAUGAAGGAUCAAGAUGAUCUUGGUCCUUCUCCUGCUCGAUAUUUGCCUCGUCUGCCUCAUCACAGAGUGCAGUCUAAAGCAAGUCCUGCUUUUAACCAACCAGAGCAACUUAAACCUGAGGAUGGUUUAACAAUCAACCAUCCUUUUGAUAUGAGGGAGGCUACUGGACAACCAAUGCCAUUGCAGACUGAAGCAACUUCUGUGAGUUAUGCAAAAAAUGUUCCUGUUGCUGCAGCAGCAGCUGCUGCCGCUGCUGUUGUUGCAUCUUCUAUGGUUGUUGCUGCAGCAAAGUCAGGCUCUGACUCAAACCUUGAACUUCCUGUAGCUGCUGCAGCCACUGCUACUGCGGCAGCUGUUGUUGCAACCACUGCAGCUGUCAGUAAGCAGUAUGAGCACUGUGCACGAAAUGAUGGUGAUGCAGAUAGUUCCAGUUAUGAGCCACGAGGUAGUGGGGACCGUGGUAGUGGUGGCAAACAAUCCGAUGCUUUUAUGGAAAAUUCAGAAGGUGAGAGACUAUCUGAUAGAUCAGCCGGUAAUAAUAGCUCGAAGUCUGACGCAGGAUUGGAUGAUGUUGCUGAAUGUGAGAUUCCCUGGGAUGAAAUCACCUUGGGUGAACGCAUUGGACUUGGAUCAUAUGGAGAAGUAUAUCGUGGAGACUGGCAUGGAACUGAAGUGGCUGUGAAGAAGUUCUUGGACCAAGGUAUUUCUGUUGAAUCACUUGAAGAAUUCAGAAGUGAGGUUAGAAUCAUGAAAAGGCUCAGACAUCCCAAUGUGGUUCUCUUCAUGGGAGCAGUAACUCGUGCCCCAAAUCUUUCCAUUGUUACAGAAUUUCUUCCUAGAGGUAGUUUGUAUAGAUUAAUUCACAGGCCUAACAAUCAAUUAGACGAGCGGAGGCGUUUGAGGAUGGCCCUUGAUGCUGCUCGGGGAAUGAAUUAUUUACACAACUGCACUCCAGUGAUAGUACACCGUGAUUUGAAGUCCCCAAAUCUUUUAGUUGAUAAAAACUGGGUAGUGAAGGUAUGUGAUUUUGGGCUAUCAAGAAUGAAGCACAGCACAUUUCUUUCUUCAAGGUCAACCGCAGGGACGGCUGAGUGGAUGGCCCCAGAAGUGCUGAGAAAUGAACCUUCAGAUGAAAAGUGUGAUGUUUAUAGUUUUGGGGUUAUACUAUGGGAGCUCUGUACAAUGAAGCAACCAUGGAGUGGAAUGAACCCAAUGCAAGUUGUUGGUGCCGUUGGAUUUCAACAACGCCGACUUGACAUUCCAAAUGAUAUGGAUCCUGUCAUUGCUGAUAUUAUUAGGCAGUGCUGGCAAACGGAUCCAAGAUUGAGACCGACAUUUGCAGAGAUAAUGGCUGCUUUGAAGCCAUUACAGAAGCCUAUAAUCGGCCCACAAGUGCCUAGACCGAGUGCAUCUGCAAGAGCUGGACAUGAGAAAGGUCAGCUGUUACGAGAAGCAGAAGAGCAGGCAGGCUAACAGGUCAAUUUAUUUACAAAAUGGGACUUUGGUUCAUUGAAUUCCCAAAAUAUGGAGGCAAAUUAUGGUCUUGAAUCAGAAGGCACAUCAGAACGCCAAAAUAUAGAGGAAAAAUAUAGAUUGUUUGGAACAGGGAUGUGAGAGAUUGAUCGAAGAUCAUGACCCAACAUACAUAUACUCCAAUUUGAGAUGAUUGUGAUUCUUUUUUCUAAUUUUACCUUGUUUUGCAUUCUCGUGCAGCCAUCGUCAAGUUCUAUUUGUUUGUAAAGAAAAAAAAAUCCAUUUGAAAUUGUUGUAAUCAAUGUUGUGUUUCUUUUUUGAGCU